AUGGAGGAGGCAACGCUUACCGCCAUGGGCAGCACUGGAACACAAAGCUCGCUCGGCACGCUGAGGUCCCUCGCAGAUGAGGUUGCCGUAAAGGACUACCUUGCGUCGCACGUUAACGACGGCUUUGCCAGCAGUGCUUACUGGGGAGCCACUGGCGAGGUGCCUCCUCGUGAACCAGAUGACAUUGCGGGAAAGAAACCGCAUCGCUUUGAGAUGGAAAUUGAACGCAAGCUCGUUCCCUUCCCAGAGGAUAAGACAAGUUUACCCCAAACACUAGAUUACACGCUCAUAGGGUUUCACCGUCUCAAGGGAGAUGGCUCAGAGGGCCAACCCCAACUGAACGCUGCCCAGUUGCACGCCUUGGAGAGCGGUGAGGCUACUUUGGGUGUGGAUGCUGCUGGAGGUAAGAAGCCACGCCUGAUGGAAACCACAACGACACAGAACCGUACGAUUGGAAAAGGUGUAUUCGAUCCUGAUGUUCUCGAUGCGUUGCGGAAAGGGAAUGAGGAUGUUGAGGCUUCCACAAGGGAGCGUGAGGGGUUAAAGGGUGCGCCUUUUGAGACUUUUGAACCGGAUCCUUAUCGGCCGUCGUCAUGGGAGCAUUGUGAUAUGAGUGGCAUCGAUCCAUCCUCCUACCGCGUCACGGAGGUGGACCCGAAUGAUCCUGACGGCAAAAAUAAGUUGGCGGUGUACAAGAGCCGGUACAACCUGGUGGAAAAGGAAGGACCAGUGCGACGCCAUAAAACAACGAAGAUGCUUGAACGGGAGCGAAACGUGGAUGAAGGCCUUUUGAAAGAAACAGUGAAAGACAUGAAUACAAAUGCAUUACCCGAGGGAUACCAAACGUGGUCUGCAAGCCAAUGGAUGAGCACGACUCACGAUUGCCAUGCCCCGUACGAUAUUCCGGGAGCUGCGGAAACAAAUGGGCGUUACGCAACAUUUCCGCUUCCCAGGACGUACCACACACUGACUCCGGCACACGAGGAAACCGUGUUGUCGCUAUCACAAAAGCACAUGAUGCGGCAUAAUGGCAAAUGGGCUACCGAAUACUCAGAUUCUUUCAUGAAUCGUUUUAACAAGGCCGAAAUUAACAAGGACUACAGCAAGAAGAGUAUUUUCGAUAUUCAACAAGGCACGUACACUAUGCACCACUCUGCGCAUCACCCACGCGACGAUACAGCCACUGGAGAGACGUACACUCCUUCCCAGAUUGUACCAGGGCAGUACAACACAAUGACCCAGCAGCCACUCCAUGCACGCAAUGCACUGAACUGA